UGUUUGACAGAUUGCAUAUGAUCAACAUGCAGCAGCCCUUUGUUUUGAUUACCAAAAUACAUGCGUUACACCAACAAACAAAAAAAAAAAACGACGACGGUCAAGCUCAGGACUCGCCGUAAGCCUUGCAAGCCAUAUAACUAUUAUCUAAUAGAUCCCGCUUUAUUCUAGUCUCCUGUUUGAGCAUGCUUCGAAAUAGUUCACUCUUUCGGUUUGUUGGCCUACAUCGAAGCAUAGGACGUUUGUACUGUGUAACCGCCGGUAAGGAAUUGCAGCCCAGUGAUGGUUCUUCCUACUUCGGUCUGCUCAAAUCCGCCACCGACGCAAAGGAGGUGUUGGAAUUUCUUCCCACAAUCAGUCGCACAAAGCAGGAUCGUCACGUGUACACCUUGCCCGCACUGAAAACACUGUUCGAGCUGCAUAAAAGUGGCAAAAGCACGCUACGUUCCGACCAGAUCCUCAAGCAUCCACGGUUUGUGGAGCUAUGCCAAAACGUUCGGCUCGAAUCCCGCACCUUCGCGAUGAACGAUCUGACGGAGUGUUUGAAAAUUCUAACCUUUCUCGGGGUGCAUACAAACAGUGAAAUCAUGACGGUACUGUUGCAGCUCAUACGGCACCAAAUCAACGACGUAUCGUUGGAUCAUAUCGUAUUCCUAAGCUUUAUCCUGAGAAAGCUCGAUCGGACACCGCUGAUCGAAGCGUUACAGAUUGCGCUACCGAUGCUGCUGCAGAUACAGAUCGGGUACAAGCUGGACCAUGAAAAUGUACAGCAGCUGGUAGACCUGCUCGAGUUCGUGUCACAGCACAAAGUAAACGAUCGAACGGUGAUGAAUAUUGUGAGUGCUCUGACACUGCACGGGACGAACCUUUCCCCGGAGCAAGCCGUUAAUGCUUUAAAAGCAUUGGCGGGCUUCCAUACGUUUCUGCCCCAGUACGAGAAGCUGCUUCAGAAUGUAUUCACCGUCCUGGAGCGGGACAUGGAUCAGCUGCCGUUCAAGAUGAUUGACUAUGCGCUGAAAAGGGUCCUAGACAAGAAUCUGGAACACUACCCCAUGUUCUAUUACGAACCGUUCCUGAAGCGGUGUGCCCAGUACACCAUCGAUCACAACGUUGGGUUGUUGAAUGCGCUCUAUGUGCUGAAAAAGAUGAACAAAAUAUCUUUCCUGCACAUUCCCCUGUUGGAUUACAUAGCUGCGAGAGCUGACAAACUGUCGCUUGUACCAACGUCCGGAAUCAUCACGAUCGUGGCCGGUUUUUCCAACGCUAACUACCGACCGAGCAAUUGGGCAACGGUAAAGGAGGAAAUUGCUCGCAACACCACUAUCACGAACGGGACGAUACCGUGGAUACGUUACAACCUGGAGCUUCUUUCGCUGGACAUCUUUAACCCUCAGCUUCUGUCACACUGGCUGGACCCAAAGGCGCUGGAUGCUAACAUGGCACGGAACGUGCUGGUCGAUUAUCUGCAGCUGACUGAGCUGGGCCAAACGCUGCGGUUACUGUACAGCCGACAGUACCAAGGCCCUUACCCGGCCAAACAGUACGUGGAGAAAUCGGUAAUGCUGAUGUUGCAAAACAAUGACCAUCCGCUGCUGAAACCGCUUGAGAUUGCAUUCGGCGGUGAAGAGUAUGUGAGCACGCAGGUCGUUACCGAGCAGGGUCACGUCCUUGACCAUGUGAUCGCCUUCGAUGCAGACUGUAACCCGGUUAAAAUGAGCGGCCCGUCCGAGGAAGGUUCGCCACUACGAUUGGAGGACAUACGACAACCGGGGCACAAACUUGUGGCCGUCUUGUAUCUACCGAAGAGCUGCUACGCUAUCAACGUGAAUAGAUUACGAGGCCGAUUUGCAUUGCAUAUGAAAACUAUCCAGGCGCUCGGAAUUCCUACGGUCGCAGUGUCUCCUGUAAUAUGGAGCAAUCUGCCGGAGUCAGAGCGAAUACCCUUCCUACAGCGUGAGGCACGCGAAGCAUUGCGACAACCAAUCUAGUGCGAACAAAUAAACAAUAGUCCCUGUAGAAAAA